AUGGCGGCAGAUUUCUCAGCCUUGCUAAAUAGUGCAAUGGACUGCAUUGGUUACUCAAAAAGAAGUAUUGUUUCAAGAGCUGAUGCUUUAAAUAAAUUAUGUGAAAUAUUUAGCAAAACAUUGGAAUCUGUUGGGAUAGAGAUGUUACUUGCAGGAAGUAAAUCAGAGGGAGUCGUUCCUUUUCACGCAAGCGACUAUGACCUAAUGUUUGUAUUUAACCGUUGUCUUUGUGUUGAUGUUGGCUGUCAUGAAGAUGGUCUUGUCAUAAUUGAAACAUAUAACGGAGACUGCCCACCUGGAUAUACAAAAUUACGACCAUUAAAUAUUGAACAUGUAGGCAAUACUGAAUUUUUGCAAUUGUGCACAGUAUAUGACAUUUCAACAGGUGUUAUCUUAUUGAAAAGCUCUAACUUUCAGCAGUUUCUGUCCUUGUGUAAUUAUGUAAUUCCAUUUUAUGCAGGUUUCCAAAUUAAAGAAGCAACAUUUAGUGGACCUGCGAUAUCUGUAACGCUUCAGACUAACAUAGUAAAGGGUUUGAAAUCAGCUAGUUUAUAUGGCGACCAAGUGCCCGCUCUACCUUAUUAUUCCUCGUCAUUUCUGCAAGAGUGGACGGAACGUGAAAGAAUAUUCAAUUGGCCGUCACCUGUUGUUAUACAAGAAGUUUCGACCAUGGAAGGGUAUGUUGUUACGGUUGGACAUAAGCUUAGUGAGGAGCAAAACUUUGAAUGGAGAAUAUGUUAUACGACUGCAGAGCGGAAAUUGGUUUCCAGUUUAAGUGAAGUUAAACUUAAGCUUUAUAUAUUAUUGAAAAUGGUAAACAGUGACAUUAUCAAACCUAAAGUGGACUGUGUAAGCUCAUACAUAAUUAAAAAUAUUAUUUUCUGGAUAGCUGAAUGGUCACCCGCGUAUGUCUUUACUCCAUCUAAGCUUACACAUAUGCUGCUACAGUGUUUGCGGCUUCUGUUACAUUGUCUGUGUAAUAAUUGUCUUCCAAAUUACAUGAUUCCAAGUCGAAACCUUUUACUUGGCAAGAUCAAUAGUGAACAGAAACUCCAACUUAUAAGUCUUCUACAAGAACUUUUAAACGAGGGGGACAAAAUUGUUCUCAGAUGUGACAAAUUGAGGAAUGCCAUGUAUAUAAUGCAUAAUGAUCGUUCUAUUGCAACUAGAUUUAGGUUGUGGCGAGACGAAGUUGAGGAGCUGUUUCUCAUAGUUAAUUUGAAAAUGGUCUCUAAACUGAAACCAAAUAUGAUGUAUCAGCAGAGCUAUAUAUACGAUAUGUUUUUUGAAUUUUGGAAAGACGAAUCGUAUUUGACAGAACUAUUUAGACUGCUUAAUCUUUUAUCUGUAGAUGUACCAACGCUACUUACAAAAGGUACUCAAGGAAUGGAGGACGUUAAUACUUGGAUAAACAAUUUAUUGUCAUAA